AUGGACGACGACAUAGAAAUGGACGACGACCAGGAGCAGGAGCAGGAGCUCGAGCCGGAGUACGACGACGACGACGUGGACCAGGACGACGCCUCUGACGACAUGGACGGUUCGGACCCUGAUGCCGAUGACGACGAAGACGACGAUGCUUCCGAAGCAGCCUCUGCCUCUGCGGCCUCUGCCUCCGCUUCACCCUCCCGCUCCGGUCGCGAUGAAGCCCUCUCCUCGGCCACCUUCCUCCGAAAAGUUCACGAGCGCCGCUCGCUCUUCCGUCCACCCCCCACCUACAUCGCCACCACCCUCGGCUAUCAAAUUGAACCCCUCGCCGCAGCACCCCACUCCACCCACAUCCACGCUACCGCCCUCUCAUUGGACAGCACAACCCUCCUCACCGCAGGCGCAGACGCCUACGUCCGCAAAUACGACCUCCACUCCACCAUGAACGGCAAAUCCAUGCUCACCCAAAACGUCCGUCACGGCUUCGUAGAGGGCAUCACCCGCGGCGGCACUCUCACCGCCUUUUGGGCCCACGAAGAACACUUGCCCACCUCAAGCUCAGCGUUGGGUUUGACCCCACAGGGGGGAGCGGAAAAGGACCGCCUCGUGGGCGUCGUACACAGUCUGGCGAUUCAACAGGACGCCCUGUGGGGACUGAGCGGGUCAGAAAGUGGAAAUGUGCAUUUGUAUGGUGUACGGCAUGAUCCGGGGGUAACGAGGCAUGUGUUCAGGAAACAUAAAGGGCCGGUUUCGGCGCUGGCGGUGAUGCAGGAUGACGCGGGGAUGGUCAGCGGUGGGUGGGACCGAGGUGUGCAUCAGUGGGAUUUGAAUACGGGACAGGUGGUGAGGAGCUUUCCGGGAUUCGCAGGGCAGAUUUCGAGUCUGGCGUUUAGGCCGCAUUCGGAUUGGGAGGGGAGGUUGGGAGAUGGGGUCAAUGUUGCGAUCCAUCCGGAGGCCGCGGGAGGCGAGGUGGAUGAGGAUGAGGAGGAUAAGGCGAGGAACGAAGACGUUGCCGAGAAAGGCGACAUGGAGGACCAGGAGGGCGAGAAGCUCGCGAACGGCGAUGCAGAGGAGGAGCAGCCGACGAUAAAGGAGGAGGCACAGGAGGACGACUCGGAAGCGCCAAUAGCGGCGUCAACGAGCAAGGACGCUGCGAAUGGAGCGUCACCAAAUGGCGUCUCAGCUUCGACCGAGCAGACGGCCGUGUCAGCUGCGACACCGUCAGAUGGCAAGGAGAUGGACGCAGCCCGCAGCGACAAGACGGGCAGCAACGGUGCUGCAACCGACAAGGACGCUCCAUCGCCUACAUCCGCAACCGGCAAGGUGGACGACGAGAAGGACGCUGCAGACACGCCGACGAAGCAAUCUUCGACAACUCUCGGCAGCACCACCAUCGCUGGUGACGACCCUACAGACGAAGAGCUGGCCUUCGAAGCCGAGCUCAACGCCAGUCUGGGCAUGGCGUUGGACGGUAGUGGCGGUGCCAUCAAGGCGGAUGGGACACGACCGGACAGCGUCACUGCAGGAGCGAGCGGUACAACUGCGGGAGGAUUGAUGGUUGCCGGUGCCGAUCUUGACCAUGAUGGUGAUGACGAUGACCUCUUCGGUGGGGACACGCCUCCUGCUUCGUCUACGUCCGCAGUCAAGGACAAGGAUGCGAAUGCAGGGAAGAGCGAGCCGAACGGAGCGGGUGGCAACGACAGCGAUGGCGACGAUUCGCUAUUCGGUGAUGGAGAUGAGGACGGAGACGGCGACGCGGAUGCGGAUGGAGAUGCCGAGAUGGAUGCGGAUGGCGAUGCUGAGGCGGACGCAGAUGGUGAUGAGGACGAUGACAAGGACGAGAACUCGUCGGAUGAGGAUAUGCCUCUUGCAGGGCGAACGAUGGCCAAGAACCCUUCUUCGCAGAGCACCCUCGUUGCUCAGGGUACAGCGUCUCCCGCGCUCUCUUCGGCGCCGAUGGUACCUUCGGCGUCGGCAACGACCGAUACUCCUCUCGCUGCAGCGGCUGCCAAGGACAUCAAACCCGAUGUCCAGUCCUCUCCAUCCAAACCCAGCAGCCCACCCAAGAAGGCACUCCCCAAACCAGCCUUCGGCGGCUUCAGCAUUGCCUCGUCGUUCGACGCACCCCUGUCGACCUUCAGCAAAGACGUGAUGCUGACCACCUCGCUCUCCGGCCAAGUAAUCCUGUGGGACCUUCGUUGUCCCACCUACACCUCACCGGACGGUCCGGCUAAAGGUGUCCACUCCCUCGCCCUCCCCAGCAAGGUCCCGCCAUGGUGCCAGCAGGCCAUCUUCAAUUCGACCGGCGACAGGGUCUUUGUCGGACGCAAGAACGAGUCGGUCGAUGAGUGGGAUCUCCGUAUGCCCUCUGCAGCGAGGUAUGUGCGUUCGCUGCGACUGCCAACCGGCUCGGGCCCUGUAUACUCGUUGGCUGCGAUGCCGAACAGGCGCCACAUAAUCACCGGUAGCUACGACAACAUCCGGCUGUGGGAUACCGAGUUUGCACCUGGGCCAGGGGCGGCGGGCGAGUUGAAGGUGCCGUUCAAGAUUGUUGCAGGGCAUCACGGUGCCAGCUUGUCGUCGGUGCUGGUGGAUGCGAGUUGCAAGUUUUUGAUAUCGGCGUCGGGAGAUAGAGGUUGGAUGGGAUCAAGCACGGAGGCCGUUAUCAUCCACGAUAUCAAGGCGCUCAUUUAG